AUGGAAAGACUACGAGAUCUUGAUUCCAAACCAUUAAUACCUUUAGGUCGUUCAAAACGAACUCUGGUGUUUUUGAAAGGAAAUACAAUAUUUAACUUCAAAGACCAGUCAGUAAAGAAGAAGAAAAAGACAAUUCACAUUUAUGGAGAUGAUGGUUCAAUAAUAAAACCAAGACCAUAUAUCAAGAAAUCAUCUGUUUUACAAAAGGUAAAUACCAACAUAAGUAAAGAAAUAAAUUUGAAGAACUCAGAACUGCAGUAUGUUGAAACUACAAUACAACUAUCAGAACGUAUACCCGACCAAAAAGAAGUUAUAACUCCGAUUCAUACAAAAGUUUUGGGGAACCAAACCGAUUCCACAAGUCCAACUGAUUCAGGAAGUAUUGCAGAUAGCGAAGAAGAAGUUGAGGCAUUGACAUCUUCACGAAGUUCUACUUUCCAACUUCAUAAUCCCGAAGACGUUGCCAUCAAUAACGAGUCAGUGCUGCCGGGAGAGGUUGAAGAUCAUUAUCAUGAAGAAAAUGAUCAUGUUGAAUAUUUUGAUGAAGACUCAGCAGAGAGAGUCAAUUGCUCUCAACUGCCUACAUAUCAUGUCGACGAAGAACUUGAUUUUAUGCAUGAAGGAAUUACUCAAGAGAAUAUGAAAAUUGGAGAUAACAUUGAAACCUUUGAUAGUGUAGGACAAAUCGAAGAGAAUAUUUACGCAGAAGAAAUCGAAGAAGUGGAGUUAAUUUCAGAAGAUGAAGAUCACGAAGAACACGAAGAACACGAACAACAUGAAGAACUUGAAGAAAAUGAAGAUGAUAAUCUGGUAGUUCUUGUAGGAGCAAAAGAACAAGAAAUGAUUGAAGAUGAUACAUUAAAAGUCCAAGAUACGAUCAAGAAUGAUCCUACAAAUAAAGAAGAUGAACCUGGAGAACAUAUUUCCAGUAUUGUCAGUAAACCUUUAAUAGAAACUAAUGUUACUACUACUACUACUACACAUUCUCCCAAAAUAACUACAGCUGUUGAACAAAAUAAUAAUUACAAUAAACGUCAUCGUAUUAGUUCACAGAAAGAGUUAAAGUAG